GAUUCCUUCAUCCCUCGCUCCAAAUUUUCCUAUAAGUUGAAUCUGCCCACCAAGAAAGAUCUGAAUUAAUAUCUCAGUUUCUUCGUCAUGGGUGUCCUUGGAACAAUGGCAAGACAUUUCGACACGAUAAUAGGGCCUGGAGUAAUGCUUCUUUAUCCUCUAUACGCAUCAAUGAGGGCAAUUGAAAGUCCUUCAACCUUAGAUGAUCAACAGUGGCUAACGUAUUGGAUUUUAUACUCCUUCAUUACCCUCUUUGAGCUUUCCACUUAUAAGAUCCUAUCUUGGUUUCCCAUUUGGCCAUACCUGAAGCUUGUGUUUUGCGCCUGGCUAGUACUUCCAAUGUUCAAUGGAGCUGCUUACAUAUAUGAGAAUUUUGUGAGGCAAUACAUAAAAAAUAUCGGAAGCUAUGGAGGUUCCAAUUAUCCUGAUGAGUACAAGAAGGUCCUUCACAUGAUGUCCUUCGAUGCAAGGAAAGCAGUUGAACGUUAUAUCGAUAGAUUUGGCACUGAUGCCUUUGAUAGAGUAAUCAAAGCGGCUGAAAAAGAAGCAAAGAAGCAUUAAGUGAGUAUCGAUUUGACAAAGUUGGAAUGAAAAGAAUGUAAAUAUUGUUGAAAUCCAUACUUCUUUCCGUGUAUAUUUUAGCAUGAAAAAGACGGAGUUUCAGAAUUAUAGU